CCUGCUGGCGGCCGCUCACGCCAUCCCCGGCACAGCCCUGCUGUUUGCCCAGCCCCGGGGCUGGGCUUUCCCAGCACGGCCCCGCCGUCGCUCUGCGAGCCGCCGACCAUCGGGGCUGCCGGCUGAGGCUGCUGCCGCCUCCAUGCUGUCCCCGGAGGGUUUGGUGGCCGCAGCCGCGGUGCUCGUGGGGCUGGGCCUCCUAGCUUGGUGCCUUUGGGCAGGGAGGCUGGAGGCGCCCGGAGACGUGGGAGAGGAGGACGAGGAGGCGGAGGAGGAGGGGAUCCCCUUCAUGGCCGAGGAGGGCUCGGGGCACUGCCGGCUGCUGUGCAAGCCCUCGGCUCUGGCCCAGCACCUGGUGCGGAGCUUGGGGCGCUCAGCGGCGCUGCGGGGGGGACGCUGGCCGUGGCCGUGCUGGCCCCGGCUCCAGAUGCUGUGGCAGCUCCUGCAGCCGCCUGAGCCGGAGCCGGUGGUGGCCCGUGAGCUCCUGCAGCUUUCCGACGCUGGGCUGGUGGCCCUGGACUGGUUGGUGGGGCCGUGGGGGGCUGCGGGUGGCGGCGGGGGGGUCUCCAGCCCGGUGCUGCUGCUCAUUCCCAACGCUGCCGGGAAGGUGACGGGGGGGCUGCUGCAGCUGGGGCUGCGGGCGCUGGAGCGGGGCUUCAUCCCCGUCAUCUUCAACCGCCGGGGCCACAAUGGCUGCCCCCUCACCACCCCCCGGCUCCAGCCCUUCGGGGAUCCCGGGGACCUGCGGGAGGCUGUGACCUACCUGCGGUGCCGGCACCCCUGUGCCUCUCUGCUGGCCGUCAGCGAGGGCUCGGGCUCGGGGCUGCUGCUCGCCUACCUGGGCGAGAGCGGCUCCUCCAGCCGCCUGGCCGCCGCCGCCUGCCUCUCCCCCAUCUUCCGUGGCCGGGACUGGUUUGAGGCCAGGAUGCCCUGGCUUUACGAGUGGCCGCUGCUCCUCCACCUCAAGCAGGGAUUGAGCAGGUACGCGGGGGCCCUGGCCGAGGUGGUGGACACGGACAGGCUCCUGGGCAGCCGCUCGCUGCGGGAGCUGGAGGAAACCCUCUUCUGCCGGACUCGGAGCCGCCCCACCAGCUGGGAGAGCUACUGGGAGCGCAACGAGCCCCUGCGCGACGCGGACGAGGCGGCGGUGCCGGUGCUGUGCCUGUGCAGCGCCGAUGACCCCGUGCGCGGCCCCCCGGCCCGGAGCCUGCCCCGGGAGCUCUUCCGCAGCAGCCCCUACUUCUUCCUGCUGCUGACCCCGCACGGGGGGCACUGCGGCUUCCCCCGGCGGGGGCCGGGGCGCUGCUGGGCCCACGAGGCCGUGCUGGAAUAUUUCAGGGCCAUGGCCGAGUUCCUGAGGAUGGAGGAGAGGAGGAAGGGGUUGCCGCGGCCCCGCAGGUGGGGUGGUCCCCCGGUCGAGCCCCCCGUGUUCACCUGGCAGAGGUCCUACACGCGGUAGCCCCCCUGGGGCAGGGUCUCACAAAGGCAGGCAGACACUCCGUGUACUAAAAUUACUUUAUUACAGUUGAUUUUUUUUUUAACAUUUCCUUUGCUAUGAUACAAAGGAUACUUACAAACAAAAUAUUACAUAUGACCUUAUUUUUUUUUUUCUCUUCUCUUAUUUUCUGACAACUUGGUAACAGCUUUAAAUGCACAAUCUAUACAAUUAAUACAGGUUAUAUAUGAGCUAUAAUGUAUGUUGAACCAGAAGAAUACCAGAAUACUGACAAUAUACUGUACAUUAAGCCUUACCAGUUAGUGCUCGUGGCAUUUUCUACAAGAAGGAAAACGCACACCUGUAGAUUCACUCAUACCAGCUGGUGCUACCAGACACGGAAGCAAGAAGGAGUUUAAUUCCCCUGGUUAAAUCCUUCGUGGCCCAUCACCGUGGUGCUGAGCCUGGAAACCUCAGACCAGUGUUCAUAGUAAAACAGCAGAUAUGUGUGUGUUUUUUUCUAUCUAAUGCUCUGUGGCACAGCACGGCGCCGGCCGGGCUUGGCCAUUCCUGGACGAUGCCCCAGAGCAAACGGCCAUGGCGCUGGGGCCGGGCGCUGGGUGAGCUCUUGCUGGGGAGCUGGACCUCCUUGGGGAGGGGGAGAGGAGGAGGAGAGGAAAAGCAGCAACAGCUUUGCUGUCAUCAGCAGGCAGCUCUUGGGUUUGUGCACAUGAACAGGCGGUCGCCGAGGGGGAAGAGCAAGCCCAAGGCAUGGCCGCACACGGAGCUCGUGCCCGGCAAACCCUCCACGGGGUCGGGCAGCAGCUGCCCUGUGGUCACCUCCUCACCAGGAAAGGUUUGCUUUUGUUUUGCAGCCAAAGCUAGAGGUGUGUGGCUACAGGUGUGCACUUCCCCUCCUCCCGCCGGGGUCUACAUCGCACUGAUAAGGUUACAUUUUUGUUUUUUAUUUAAAUUUUUUUUUUCCUUUUUAAAGCAACCAGCAAGUGAAGCAUUUUUUUUAGUUGACUGGCAAAAAGACCUGGCAUUUGCACAAAAGCUGCAAAUGGAAAAGAGCCAUCCCCUCCUCCCACCCGCUGCAUCCCAGCCCAGAAAAAUCCCAAACUGUUGGCGGAAGAAAGAAAAAAAAAAAAAAAAACCACAACAGGGGUGGAGGAGAGGAAGGGGAGGGGGAACAGGUUGGAAAAUACCAGGUUUGAGUUAACAUUUCCUUGACUUCACACAAUUCUUGUGCAAAAAGAAACAACCCCCCCCCCCCAAAACAAACAAAAAACCCAAACCCAGAAACAUGCUGGAAAUAAUGAAAACAAAUGGAAAGUAAUAUAUAAAAUUAAAAAUAUAAAUAGGAUGUCUGGCUGACUGGUAGAAGAAUAGGUCAUUUAGGUUACAAAAAGGAAUAUACAUUCAAGAGGCUCUGAACCCAGUGGGGUAACUGAUGUUAAACUUGUGUUAAUAGUUAGGCUAGAAUUCUCAAGUUUGUCUUUAAAAUCUUCACAACACAAGCAAGCUAUUUUUAAAAAAUAUACACUAUACACACCUCACACAGCUUCUCCUAUCCGUAUUACACACGUUACGCUACCCUCCCAUCCACUACACCGAGGGGGCCCAGGGUGUCCCCCCAUCCUGUCCCGACCCCCCGGCCCCGCGGUGGCGGUGGGGCAGCGAUGGCUGCGGGGCCGGGCAGGUCGCUUGGCCCCUCCACGUCAUACCACAACCUUCUCAAAGCAUUUACAAGUCACCAAAGGGCUGUAGCCUUUUAUGUUAUACACACUUCACUUUGCAACGUUAAUUAUUUACAUCAGGGCUGCCCCCCCCACCCCCCAUCUUUCAGCUGUUUCUAGGCAGGUAAAAAAAAUGUUCCUGUUCCAAGCAAAGCAGGGGGAAGAGCUGCGGGGGGUUAGGAGGGAAGAAAAGCUGAAGAAAGGAAGCGGGUGGUUUGCUUGCCAAAAGCCAAACCCGUACGCGCACGUCUGCCUCUCCUUCUCUGAUCCUCGAAUCCUUACAAGCUCCCAUUCCCUACAACCUCCAGGACAACCAGACCCGGAGAGCACGGCCUCACCGGCGCUCAGACUCCUCUGCUCGCAGCUUCCCGGGAUGCUCAGCACUGCUACUGACUCACAGGCUUGCCUCUGCCACAGGGCACGGAGCACAGAUCCUGACCAUUCCUAGGAGCCCACCCCUCACUCAGCGACAGGUCUUGCAGGGCAAGCCAGCUGCAGCGGGGCAGGGACACUGGGACCCCCACAAGCCACCACAGUGCACCCCCAAACUCGCCCUUGGCAGCUGCCACCAGGCACAGUCGGGCUCUGCCGGAGCCGUGCAGAGGCAGCGGCCGCCGACUUCAGCUUGUCAACAACCCUGCGCUGAUUUCUGCACUCUGCUGAGCUCAGAGUUGCCAUAGAAAUGUGUGAUCCUGGCACUAAAAGCAGGCAACGACCUCAAAUCAAAGUCUUUUUUUGUUUUGUUGUUUUUUAGUUUGUUUUUUUUUUUUUUCCUCCAGUAGAUUUAGAUGAACUCGGGCUUA